AUGAAUGAAAAUUUAUCAAAAAUCGAGGAUUUGAUCUUGAAAAACAAAUUUAUACCAUUUCCACAACGGCCAAAGCAACAAAUCAACAACAUUAUAAAAUAUCAGGAAAAUUUAAAACUUAAAAGUGUCGAAAAAAAUCAUCAUUGUCUAAAUGAUGGUUAUGAAAAUAACAUAAUCUCAAAUAUUAUCCCAAGAGCAAUUAUUCUCAAUCCUAGAUUAGUCACAUUAUGGAAAAAUAGUGGAUACAAAGAUGUUUGCCAUGAUUACAAUGAUUUAGUAUUAAAAGCAACUUAUCUCACAUUAUUUCCACCAACUAUUUUCAAUAAGAAUGAUACUAAUAUUCCAGAUUUAACUAAAGUUGUUUCAAGAUUGAGGGAAUUUGUCAAUUUGGGGUUUAAAUUAACCAAACUAGUCAUGGGUGAUGUGUUGCUAUUAUUUGAAAAUGAAUUAUCGAUAAUCGGUGAAUUGAUCUUGAAAUCGUUUCAAAUACUUAAAAAUGAAGAUAUACGACAAAUCUUGGAAUAUUGUUUGAUUCAAAUCCUCAAGCCUGAAAAAGGUCUAAAAAAUUUAACCGUUUUAGAAUUCUUGUAUGAAAAACUUGAAAAUCCCGAAGAAAGUUUCCUGAAAGUAUUAAAUACAUAUAACAUAGGGAAUCAAUACUGCAAUUGUGAUCGUGAUUGUGGUCGUUAUCGUGGUGAUAAUACUGAUAGAUUUAUAAGAUUAUUUUCAUUGAAUUUAAGUGUUUAUUCCUGGAUAUUCAAAAAAUUCGGAUCUGACUCUAGAGUUACGUCGAAAUGUUUUGAUGAAAUCCUAUUGGCUAGAUAUUAUAUGAACUCCCAAUCAAUAUUCACACCUAUUAAAAUGGAACAAGAUGAAUCAUUAAGGACCAUUUUUGAGACUUUCGAUAGACUGUGCAAACAAUUCUUCUUCUCAGAAAUUCCCUAUAAAACUUACCAUUUGAAAUAUCUGAUUAAAUCGGAUGAAUCUGUUUUGUUGAAUCAAUUUUUCCGGAAAUUUCUACCAAAGUUAUUUAAAAUUAAGAAAAACAGCAAGAAUUUAAUAUUUAACACAGAGUUACAAGUUAAUUGGUAUGAAAAACUGUCAAAAGUAAAAAGUUAUAAUGAUAACGAUAAUUUAUUUGAAAAACAGUUUAAUCAAUUUGGUGAAAAAUUAAAUAAUAUGAAGAUUCUUAAUAAACUUCCUUCUUUCUCUAAUUGUUUGAGUAUUAAGAAACUUCUAAUUAAUGAAGAAACAAACAAAUAA